AUGGGAGGAACAGUGUGUAAACGGGGGAUGAAGGAGAAGAGGAGCGUGGGGAAGGAGGACAGUCUGAUGUCAGCAGACAGAAUCCGUCGAUUUGCCGUGAAACAGUUUGGGUUCAACGUCUUGAGUCUGGCCCACAGAGGACUGAAGGAGCUGCCACAGGAACUAUGGGAGCUGUUGGAGUUGGAGAAGCUGAAUUUGUCUUUCAACAGUCUGAAGGUUCUUCCUCCUCAGCUGGCUCUGCUCUCCAAUCUGGUGGUUCUCAACCUGUGGGGGAACCAGCUCAGCAGCCUGCCACCAGAGAUCGGACAGCUGAGGAGACUCAGAGUUUUAUUUGCCUACAGAAACCAACUGAAUGAAGUUCCUGAAGAGCUGGGAGCCUGUACACAACUGGAGGUUCUGAGUCUGGCCAACAACCAGCUGUCCUCGCUGCCUGCAUCUCUCUCCAAUCUGACCCGACUGAGGAAACUCAACCUCAGUCACAACCACAUCACUCACAUCCCGGGCUGCAUUUACAACAUGAAGGCUCUGGUGUUCCUCCACUUGGCCUGUAACCGUCUGGAGAACCUGGCGGAAAACAUCCAGACUCUGGUGGAGCUCAAGAUCCUCAUUGUGGAGGGAAACUCACUUCACUCUCUGCCAAAGGCCCUCUGCUGUCUCACCAGGUUGGAGUUGCUGAAUCUGGACUUUAACGACAUUAAGGAUGUCCCCCAGGAGAUGCACCAAUUGUCCCGACUGGAGAAGCUGGCCUGCCAUCCUCUGGACAAAGGACUCCACAUUGUCCACAACCCGCUCAUCAAACCUGUGAAGGAGGUGCUGGAGGGGGGGCUCAGUGCCCUCUUCAGCUACCUGAGGGCGGGGUAG